AUGAUGGUACUAAAAAGGAAUAUCAUGUGUGCUGUUUAUUUAUUGAUAUAUUUGGUCAAUACAGAAGGCAAAGUGAUGUGUUCAUUUGAUGAAAAGAAUCGAUUAUGUCAAUGGAAAUUAUUUGGAUGGGAUAUUUAUCAUAGUUGUGGAUAUAAACCGAAGGUCAAUGAACAUUUGUGUAUAAGGAAAUACCUGGACGGAUCGAAAUCGACAGUUUUGAUAAAACUUCACGGUUCACCGAAUGAGCAAUAUUGUUUUAAAUUCAAAUAUCUUAUAACUGACAUGGUGAUGAAUAUUUGUAUGAAUUUCUACGGAAAAUCUUUGGCGAAUACCACGAAACCAUCUCGACUAUUUUCUACAUUUUGUAUCUCAAAUGAAACAUCGAAACUCAAUUGGCACUCUUCUGCUAUUCCUCUUCUUGAAAACCUAAUGAUGAUUAAUAUCAUCACAGAAAGUACUGGAAUAUCCAGUAAUCAUUCAUUAAUUAUCAAAGAUCUAUCAAUUGACCAAUGUGGUCCAAUUAUUCAACUCACUUCUACCAUUCCAUCACCAUUGACUCGAACAAAACAAACUUGGUUUCGAUAUCAAUGGCUGUUCAUUUUCCUGAGUAUUUUAUGUUUGGGGAUCGUGUCGAUUAUUUUCUAUCUUUAUGUUACUCGUAAGAAAUCGAUAGUCAUUGAACGGAUGCCGAAUUCAUCCAUAACUUUAUCUCAUCAUUUCUAUGAAGAACCAAUUUCGGUGAUUAUUCAACCAUCGAUUGAUAUUAAUGAAUAUGAUCAUGUCCGAGAUAAUUACGUCUGA